AUGUCUCUCCUCGUGCUUGGCUCUGGGCCUGGUAUUGGCCGGUCGGUGGCCACGCUGUUUGCCUCGAAGCGGUACAACAAUGUGGUCUUGAUUGCCAGACGCGCCGAGCAACUCGAAGAAGAGAAAAAAGCCGUCCUGAACACUGUCAGCAGCCAGAUAAAUGUUAGGACAUACGCGGUCGAUGUCACACACACGCACUCUCUCCUCCAAGCACUCGACGACGCCGAUGCCGCCUUUGGCAAACCUGACGUGGUGUUUUACAACGCCGCUCGUGUUCUCCCAUCGGCGCUAUUGACCCAUCCCGUCGAGGAUGUCGAGUACGACUUCAAGAUCAAUGUCAGCGCUCUGUACAUUAUCUCACAGCGGUAUAUACCACACCUUGUGUCGCUGGCCAGAGCGGAUACUUCAAGCCGGCCUGCGCUCAUCGUGACGAGCUCUGCCCUGCCGCAUCACCCAAUCCCUCAGCUCUUCAACCUGUCCUUGGUCAAGGCCGCUCAGAGGAAUCUUGUGCAAAGCUUGAAUCUGUCGUAUACACCCGAGGGCGUGCAUAUUGGUGUGAUCAACGUUGCUGGUCAGGUUGCACCGGAGGAUGAAGUGAGGAAUCCGACUCGCAUCGCGGCCAAGACCUGGGAGUGGUUUCAGGGAGCAAAGGACAAGCCAAAUUUUGAAGUCAUGAUUUAGAAUAUCGUGGAGUUGGUAAAAGACGAUCUCUGGGAAUGAACGGUCGAGGAUAGAAAACGAAAUGAAGCAGUCUGUUCUUUUUGUCUACGUCAUGAAUCCUGCAUCUACCGUGUGUCACAGGACUUGAGCCUCAAAGGACACCCUUGCUCAGUUGACCGCGACAUGUGAUCCUGGCUAGCACUGGUCAGCGGUUGGAGCUCUGCUCUCAACCACUCGGAUGGCCCGUGUGGCUUCCCGGAGCCUGCUGAAUAUGGGAUCACACCGAACUUUGUAGAAGAGAAUGGCUGUGUUGAAUGCUCUGCUUGAUGAGAGGCCUGUAGUGACCAUGUCUAACUUUGUGUAUGCCGAAGUGAAAAAGUGUCAAGAAAACCUCCUCCAUUAAAGAACGCCGGUCCCUCCUCCCAUUAUGCAUUCCACAUUCCACCCUUUCAAACCUCAACUGGGCCUAGCCUUAGACACUGCUGCUCCAUGAAAAAUCCUUCCUCACCAUGAUCUCAUUCUGAUAUGAGUCCUCUGGACUGCUCUUCCCGUUUACACAGGUCUUUGACGAGUCUCUCGAGUCACCCUGUCGCUGGUGUCCCGGUAGAUGAUGCCCCGGCUCGCCCGAGAUGUCCACCGUCAGCUCGAUUUCGUCGUCCCCUCGCAGAGUUGCAUCCAGCCCCGCGUGGUGCUUCCUACCGCUGAUCUUGUGGCCAGCCUUGGACAGACUGGGCUUAUCCGACAUGUACACUUUGGGCGUGUCCGGGUAUCCCGACAGCUCACCCCUCCACCAGCGUCUGACCAAGGGUGCAUAGGUGGGGAGGCAAGCGCAGACAAUGCCGAUGAAUGGCUCGCAGCAGGACCAGAUGAAGACUUUGGACAUGGCCCACGUGAAGUCUGGGGACUUGACGAGCUGGUCCAUCAUGACGAUUCGGAUGGCCGAGGCCACGCACACACUAUGGUAAGGCAUCAGUGGCAAGGUCAAACAAGGUUACAGUCAAGCUGAGGGGAAGGGGUCGGCGUGACCGAGACACAGCACGGAUACCGAAGGGUGGCCGGAACAGGGGCAUGGGGAGGGGGUGAAGACAGAAAUUAACGCACAAGCCGCCGAGGAGAAGGAUUCCGCCUACAAACACCUUUUUGGUGGUGGGCAUGUUGAGCUUCCAAACUGUGAUGGGAUUUUGGUGGUUAGCAUGGGAUACCGUGUGAGGACUUCCGGAGAGCUAAGCGGAGAUCCAUGUGAGAGUCACCGGGCGAGUGGAGACAAUGGGAACAUACCUGUGGGAAUCGGCACCAAAAGAAUGGCCACAUCAAUCACCAAUCCGAUGAUGCCGUUGCAAAAGUAAAACAACGUCGAUGGGCCUGCACCCUGCGAGCCAUGUGAUGGUCACUUCUGCCCAAUGGGCACAGGUGAAGCCAAAGACGAUGUACCAAAUCACGUUUGUCCCAAACACACGGCGGUAAAAUAGCAAGAUGGAGACUUUGGUCGCCGAGAUGCAGGUGAUGUAAACGAUGACGAAGGCGUAGGUGGUUUGGUACAGCUUGGUGAACUCCUCAUGGGUGACCACCCAAAGAUGCUUUCCGCCACCCCAGGGAACACUGAUGAGGCAACACACCGCCGUUCCAAUGCCCAUAACCUGGAUUUACGGUGAGCCGGUCAGCAAAGCCUGUCCUUGUCCCCCACGGCGUCCUCUUCGUUUUCAAGUACUCACCGCUGCAAAAAGAAUAACAUAGUCGUCGGCAGCCAGACCCGGCCCCUUGUUUAUCAGCCGUGUAAAAAGCCGCAAAACGACGGAGCUGAGCCCGAGGACCAUGAUGCCGACGACUGAGCCGAUAAUAUCCCCGUUCUGAUUUUCCGCCAGGUUCACGCCGGGCGGCGCCUCGCCCCACGCUCCCGAGUUCGACAUGGUCUUGUUUGAGCGCUAGAAAAUGGAUAAAACGAGUGGAAUGCGGAUUUUGUCACGCCAAGGAGCGGCAGAAGUGAGCACGAGGGAGUAAAAGUUCUCCAAUAUUCAAGGCCGAAAAUGAGUGUGGAAGUUGAAGGAUUGGUGGUGAUCAAAAGAAGGCCUCCCCGCGUGACACCUCUGCUUCCACAGCCGUGUGAGCAAACAGUGGAGAGGAAAAGCCCACCGGCGGCGAGGAGUGAGGAAAGGUUGCUUGUUUUCUGUCCAUCUUCUUUGUGCCAUUGGUAUUUGCUUUUUCCCCAUGGCUGUGAUGAAGAUUAGCUUUCCAUCCAAUGUUUAGCAAGCCUCUGGCCCAGACUAUUUGUUCGAGU